AUGACGAUGAGGUCUUCAGGUUUAAUAUUCAUUUCCUGCGAAGAAGUGGAGAAAGAUUCCUUGACUCUUUCCAAAGAUAUCUUCAAUGUUCCAGUCUUUGCGAUUGGUCCGUUUCACAGCUACUUCCCUGCUUCUUCGUCUAGUAGCCUUUACAAACAAGACGAGACUUGUCUCCAUUGGUUAGAUAAUCAAGAAGAUAAAUCAGUUCUCUACGUGAGUCUAGGAAGCGUUGUGAACAUAACGAAAACAGAGUUUUUAGAGAUUGCGUGGGAUUUAAGCAACAGCAAACAGCGUUUCUUGUGGGUGGUACGACCUGGCUCGGUCUUAGGCUCAGAGUGGAAUGAACUGUUCUCCGAAGGGCUCUUGAGAAGCCUUGAAGAGAAGGGGAAGAUAGUGAAAUGGUCUCCACAACAAGAGGUGCUUGCGCAUAGAGCUGUUGGAGGGUUUGUGACACAUAAUGGUUGGAACUCGACGUUAGAGAGUAUAUGCGAAGGGGUUCCGAUGAUCUGUUUACCUGGAGGAGGCGAUCAAAUGGUGAAUGCAAGAUUUGUGAGCGAUGUUUGGAGGGUUGGGAUUCACUUGGAGGGUAAGAUCGAGAGGAAAGAGAUCGAGAAAGCUGUGAGGAUGUUAAUGGUUGAAAGUGAAGGAAAAAGGAUUCGUGAGAGGAUGAAUGUUUUGAAAGAUGAGGUUGGGAGAUCUGUUAAAGAUGGUGGCUCGUCUUUGAGAUCCAUAGAAACCCUAAUGAAUCAUAUACGAUCACUGUGA